AUGAGUAAAAAGGAGGUUUAUGCACAAGUCCUCGAGCAAGCGAGGUCACUUAACUUCUCAAAUACAGCGUCUCUGCUCUGGCACGCUUACCACUCCCUCCCUUCACCAUCAUCAUCGGUAAACUGGGCUGGUUUCUACUUCACCGACCCAGCGAAAGAGACGCGCCUUCUACUAGGCCCUUUUCAAGGGCAGGUCGCUUGUCAGAGCAUUGCGUUUGGGCGCGGUGUAUGUGGGACUGCAGCUAAAGAGGCGAAGACGCAACUUGUCGAGGACGUAGACAAGUUUCCAGGACACAUUGCGUGUGAUGGGAAGAGCAGGAGUGAGAUUGUUGUUCCUGUUGUACAGGAUGGGAAGGUAGUGGCAAUAAUCGAUAUUGACUGUGCGGAACUCAACGGGUUUACGGAAGAAGAUCAGGAGGCAUUGGAGGAGUUGGCAGAGUUACUUUCUCAGUCGUGCGACUUUUGA